UUCGUUCACUGACCACAAUAUCAACUCCACAUCGUGGCAGUUCAUUUAUGGACUGGUGUCGAGAUAAUUUUGGAGUGGGAGAACAAUCACUUGAAGUGGCAUCAAAGGUCAUAGGUGAUGCACUUGAGAAAAUAACUGAGGAAUCUAAGAAUUUGGAAAAUUUUGACAUUUCGAAACAAGAUUCAAAGGAUCGUAACGAAAAAACAGAAACAGUUAACACAAUUGAUGAUGUUAAAGACAAGAAAUUAUUUAAUCUUAAUUUCACACUACCAAAUUUAAACUUCAAAAUUUCCCUUCCACAACUUAAUAUCCCUAGUAGUCUUUCUUUGUUACCUCAAACCAAAUCUACUCUCUUACACCCUGUUACACGAUCAAUUAUUCAUGCCUUAGACACGCCUGCAUACAGUAAUUUAACAACUGAGUAUUGUGUAAAUUAUUUCAAUCCCAAUACACCCAAUAACCCAUCGGUCGCAUAUUAUUCAUAUGGUGCUGCAACAGAGGUUCCUAUUUGGUCACCUCUUUAUUUUCCUUAUCAAAUUAUUAAAGCAAAGGAUGGGCCAAAUGACGGGUUAGUAAGUGUUAAAUCGGCACAAUGGGGAAGAUAUGUCAAAACGGCAGAAUGCGAUCAUUGGGAUCUAACUGAUAGAUGGAGAAUUAAAUUUGGUUCAAACUUUGAUCCGGUGGAAUUCUAUGUGGGCGUGGCAACAUUCUUAGCUACAGAAGGAUAUUAA